AUGCAAAAUGGAGUAGUAAAUAAAAUAGUCCCAUACAAUAUUUAUGAUGCCAUAAUGAAUGCAGCUGAAGCGUGGUCUAUGGUAUCACCAAAUGCUAUUAAAAAUUGCUGGCAAAAAACUGGUAUUCUUCCAUAUGAUGGCCCCCAAGAACUUAUUGAACUUGAUCAAGACAGCGUUAUGGAUGAUAAAUCAAAACUCACAGAACCAAUUGGCUGCUUAUUAACAGAUGAUUCUUUUACUGCAUAUGAAUAUAUCCAUGCUGAGGAUGAUGAAGUUAAGGCAGAACUUUGUGUGAACAAAACACUAAGGUUUUUAUAUGAACAAGAUCCAGAGUUUAGAGAUGUCGACGAAAAA